ACCACGAAAUGCCCUAAUCCUGCCCUCUCGAUUUCCCACAAUUCGAAAACCCUCCUUCGUUUCCGCUCGCUCAGCACCACAAGCCGCCUCCUUCGCCGCCACCGCGCCGGCGCCGGAACCCUAGCACGUUGGCCACGAUGAUGUGCUCGCUGUCCAACGAGGUUCCGGAUGAUCCGGUGGUUUCGAAGAAGUCUGGGUUGCUGUUUAGCAGACGGCUGGUCGAGCAGCAUAUCAAGGAGUAUGGGAAGUGCCCGAUUACGAAGGAGGAGCUCACAUUGGAUGAUCUUAUGCCGGUUAAGACGAAUAAGGUGGCAAAGCCAAGACCAUUGCAAGCUGCCAGCAUUCCUGGUUUACUUGGGAUGUUCCAGAAUGAAUGGGAUGCUCUGAUGCUAUCAAAUUUUGCACUAGAGCAGCAGUUGCAUACAGCAAGACAAGAGCUAAGUCAUGCCUUAUAUCAGCAUGAUGCUGCAUGUCGUGUUAUAGCUAGGCUAAAGAAGGAAAGAGAUGAAGCAAGGAUGUUGUUGAGUCAGGCUGAAAGACAGAUACCUUUGUCAACAGCAUCUGCUGCAGAUAAUGUUGUUAGCAAUGGAAAAAGAGCUGUUGAAGAUGGGGAGUUGGGCCCCGAUGGGAAGAGGAUUCGUCCUGGUAUUAAUCCUGUCAUGAUCGAUGAACUUACUGAAUGUAAUUCGUUGCUUUCAACACAGAGGAAAAGGCGACAGAUCCCACCCACAUUGGCACCUGUUGAUGCACUGGAAAGUUAUACCCAGGUUUCAAGCCAUCCCCUUCACAAGACUAACAAACCAGGCAUUUUAUCUGUUGAUAUUCAUCCAACAAAGGAUGUAAUUGCCACUGGAGGGGUUGACACGAAUGCGGUGCUUUUUGAUAGGUCAACAGGCCAGAUCCUGUGCACGUUGUCUGGUCAUUCAAAGAAGGUUAACAGUGUAAAAUUUGUGCCUCGGGAUGAGCUGUUUGUGACUGGUUCUGCCGAUAAGACUGUUCGAGUUUGGCAAGGUGUUGAAGAUGGGAACUAUGAUUGCCGGCAUGUCUUGAAGGAUCAUACUGCAGAAGUUCAAUCGGUUACAAUUCAUGCAACUAAUAACUAUUUUGUGACUGCUUCUAUGGAUAACACCUGGUGCUUCUAUGAUCUGGCUUCUGGAUCUUGCCUCACUCAGGUUGGUGAAGCUUCAGGAGAUGAGGGUUACACUUCUUCUGCAUUUCAUCCUGAUGGUCUUAUUCUGGGAACUGGAACUUCUGAAGCCCAAGUUAGAAUUUGGGAUGUGAAAACUCAGUCAAAUGUUGCCAAAUUCGAUGGCCAUGUUGGAGCAAUAACUUCUUUGUCAUUUUCUGAGAAUGGGUAUUUCCUUGCGACUGCAGCUCUUGAUGGUGUAAAGCUUUGGGACUUGCGUAAACUAAGGAACUUCCGGUCCUUUUCUCCUUACGACUCCAAUACCCCAACAAAUGCCGUUGAGUUCGACUUCAGUGGAAGUUAUCUUGCAAUUGCAGGUGCCGAUGUAAGGGUCUACCAAGUUGCAAAUGUGAAGCAGGAAUGGAAUCUCAUUAAAACUUUUCCAGAUCUAUCGGGCACCGGCAAAGUGACAAGCGUAAAGUUUGGAGGAGACGCAAAGUACCUGGCGGUGGGGUCGAUGGAUCGAAACCUCAGGAUAUUUGGGCUACCUGGUGAUGAGUCUGGAGAUACCAAAUCAUAAAAGUCGGAACUCCAUGAAGUGAGCUGGUUCUCUGAUUUGCUUGGUACUCAGGAUUAAUCACGGAAAUGGUAAAAGUGGCGGUCCAGGGUUUUGCACCUGACUUCACAGUCUGAUAGAAAUCAUGUAUUCUUGAGAAUCUGUAGUUUUUAACGUGGAUUAAGGUUAUGCCUGAGUUAUGCUACUGUGCUAGAGGAAAAAGGGUUUAAAAAAAAAAUAGUUGUAUGUUAAAACUUUGUACUGUUAUUAGCAUGCUGAAUAAGAACACUUUUUUUUUUUUAA